UUUGGGAAAUGGCAUGAAUUGUUUCUGCCUCAGUUGGGUAUUUGCAGAAGCAAGCUGAGUCAUGUCUGACCAGUCUGAUGUAAUAUAACUAGUUGUAUUAUGAGAUUAUUGACAAGGGGCAAAUUCAAUUGAUGCAGGUAUUAUCCCUCUAUUUUAACUAAUUUGUUUCGAUUAAUUGUCCAUUGACUAAUUGUGAAAAACACAAUCUACACAGGCAUGUAAAUUAGGUAUUUAAAUUUUUUAUUUUAUGGGAGGAAGGAAAUUAUAACAUCCACCCUGGCUUUCUGCAUUGCAGUUCUUCAAACAUGGAGUCAAAUAUAUAUUUUCUAUGUAAUUAACUAGAAACGUUAUAUGAAAGGCAUAUAUAUUUCUGAUCGAAUUACUCUAAAUGCGUGUAAUUAUAGCAGUCUAAUUCGCUUUAAUAAAUGCCUGCUGUACUGCACUGGCUUCGCUAGGUGGCAGCAAAAAGGACUUCAGUCUUAACAUUUUCUACAAUGCUGAACCCAUGUAAGAUAUAUCCCGCUAAAACUCCUUUCCGUUUUCCGUGGCCGAAACGCAAGUGUGAUAUAAUCUCAACCACUGCCUGCCAAUUACGCCAGCAGCUCUGUGGAGGGAACAUAUCGUUCCUAAAUACAUCCUUUCUUACAAUGUAAAUGAAUUGUUUUAAUUGAAAGAACUACAUAAUGGAUUCACAAGCCCGGAUGCGCGUAAGCAGACUGAAAGGCUUCAAUGAGUGCAGCUAAUCAGACAUGCAAACAAUACAGAGUAGUGCAACAUUGCAUAUAAAAACGAAAUAGGAAUUAUAAAAUGACAUCAAAGGAAUAAAAAUAACAUUCUAAAGUAUGUUAAAUAUAUUUAUAUUGCUAUAAAAGCGUCAACUAAUUGGGAGAGGAACUAUUGUCCAUUCGUUUCCAUGAAUUGAACACAUUAAGCACGCAUGCCUCCUUGGAUAGGUCUACGUGCUUCUGACGUCAGAGAUGAGUUAGAACUAUCCAAGUAUGCGCAGUAAGGUGGACGACAGAGCCGGAGUUGCGAGAUUGGAGGAUAUUAACGGAUAGGAUCCUGACAGUUUCUAGUUACGGACUACACAAUAUAGAUUUAUACUGUAUUGCCUGUUGUUACAUUGAGACACGCUGUACAACCGUCCAUAGUGAAGCAGUGAUCUAAACGGGCAACGCAGAAGGAGAGGCGUUUGGCACCGAUUCAUAGAGCGCCUCAUCCUGUUACAACGUCCUGAAUUCGACCUGUUGGAUGAAAAUGGAGAACUGACCGGAGAGACACCAGCUCACUAGCGAGAGAGAGGCAACUCCUCGGCACUACCCGCAGCCUGAUGGCUGGUCUGAAACGUGGCCACGAUGGGAAGAUCGCCGGCCUGUACGACCUGGACAAGACCCUGGGCCGCGGGCACUUUGCUGUGGUCAAACUGGCCCGGCAUGUCUUCACAGGGGAAAAGGUUGCCGUGAAGGUGAUCGACAAGACCAAGCUGGACGCGGUGGCGCGGGGCCACCUGUUCCAGGAGGUGCGCUGUAUGAAGAUGGUGCAGCACCCCAACGUGGUGCGUCUGUACGAGGUCAUCGACACAGCCACCAAGCUCUACCUCAUCCUGGAGCUGGCGGACGGCGGGGACAUGUACGACUGCAUCAUGAAGCACGAGGGCGGCCUCGGGGAGGAGUUGGCCAAGUGCUACUUCGCCCAGAUCGUGCACGCCAUCUCCUACUGCCACCGGCUGCGGGUGGUGCACCGCGACCUGAAGCCGGAGAACGUGGUGUUCUUCCAGAAGCAGGGCCUGGUUAAGCUCACCGACUUCGGCUUCAGCAACCGCUUCCGCCCCGGGGAGAACCUCAGCACCUCCUGCGGGUCGCUGGCCUACUCCGCCCCCGAGAUCCUGCUGGGGGACGAGUACGACGCCCCCGCCGUCGAUAUCUGGAGCCUGGGUGUGAUUCUCUUCAUGUUGGUGUGUGGUCACCCUCCCUUCCAGGAGACCAACGACAGUGAGACCCUCACCAAGAUCAUGGACUGCAAAUACAGCGUCCCCGCACACGUCUCCAACGCAUGCAGAGAUCUCAUAGGUCAAAUGCUGCAGAGGGACCCCAAGAACCGCACCUCUCUGGAGCUCAUCGAAGAACACGAGUGGCUGCAGGGCGUCGACCCCUCUCCCGCCACCAAGCUAGCCACGCCCCUUGUGUCCCACCGCAGCCUAUCAGAGGAGGAACACGGCUGCAUCGUCCAGCGGCUGGUGCUGGGGGGCAUCGCCGACCGAGACGACAUUACUGAGGCGCUGGAGGCCAACCGGUACAACCACAUCACGGCUACCUACUUCCUGCUGGCCGAGAGGGUGCUGAGGGAGAGGCAGGAGAAGGAGAACCACAGCCUGAUUCGCUCUGCCAGCCCCAGCAAGGCUCAGUUCAGGCAGUCGUGGCCCACCAGGGUGGACGUGCACCAGGACAUGACGGACGGCCUGGGAGGCCCCGCCAUCUCUCACCCCGGGGGUCCCCAGUCCCCCGCCCGCAGCGCCGAGAGCCUCCACCGGGGACCCAGGCCCAAGACGGCACUGCUGGACCUCAGCCAGAGGAAGCACAUGGCCGACCUGCUGCAGCCCAUGACCCAGAGCCACGAGAGGGUCCUCCGGCCGCUGGCUGUGCCCCAGCCCAACCCUCUGAGGCUCGGCCCCUCGGGGCACCACGCCAAGACCAGGAGCCCCAGCCUCCUGAGCGUGGAGGAGGACGAGGAGGAGGAGGGCGAGCCCAAGCCGCUCCCCUUCCAGGUGGUGCUUCGCCCCAAGGUGGGGUCUUCUUCGCGCUCUCCGGCCAACCGGCUGACGUGUCGCAUGAGCGCCCCGAUCCUCAACCAGAUCCACGAGGAGAUCAGCGACAUGGAAGAGGACGAGGCCGACGGGGCAGAGAAGGAGAGGGCGACCCUGCGUGGACUCGCCGCGCCCAGGAACCUGAACCUAACCUCCAGGCUCUCGGCUCCGCCCUGCGCCACUCUAUCCCCCGAUCGCCUCGCCGGAACGACGCCGGAGUCCUUGGCGACGCCCAGCUCGGAGACCUCUGAGGACGACACGCAAGACGACCCCUGCGAGGCGGGACCCCACGGCGGGACGGCGCCGACGCUCUCCUUCGGCGGGGGCGAACGAGAGCCCAUCGUCCGAGCUCAAGGGCGGGAGGAACGUGGCCCCAAUGAGCCCGCCAGCCCCCCCAACGGCGGGAGUCCGGGGGACGCUCGGGGCAGGGGUUCGGCCAAAGCCCCCAGCGGCCUGGUGGAGAGCCUGAAGCUCAUGAGUCUGUGCCUCAGCUCGCAGUUCCACAAUCUGACGGGGGGUGGCGACAGGAGCGAGGCGGGGGACCACCGGCCGGAGAGGCCCGUGUGGAGGAUGUGCAUGGGCGGCUCCACCGGCAGCCUGGACAAGGUGUCCCUGCUGGGGGGGCCCACGCCCAGGGUGACCCUCCACCGGUCCACCCCUCUGGGGGACUCGUUCCUGGGGGACCCCCUGCUGGACGGGUCCUGCUCGGGCAACCUGAGGCUGAGCGAGCUGGACCUGGCCAGGGAGAACCACCGGAACCUGAAGAACCGGGUGCUGCAGAUGCCGCUGAGCGACAAGACUCUGUCGGUGAACAUCCAGAGGAGCCCCAAGGAGGGCCUGCUCUUCCCCCCCACGCCCCACAGCUGCUGCCAGGUCAUCUGAAGGCCUGUGGACCCCGCCGCACCUCACCUCCACCCCACCUGCCUGGCUGCUACCCCCUCCACCCAACACCACCCCCAGGACUCCGAUCCUCCCUCCUCUACCUCACCCCACUCUCUUCUACCUCACCCCCUGUCUUACUCCUUUUCCCGCCACUCCCUCUCAUCCCUUCUCCCCCUCAUCCCUCUGUCCUCCGCCCUCUCUCAUCUCCCUGCUACCCUCAGAACUAUCACAG